CAAAUUUGAAAGAAUACUUAUAUAUCUACAUGCAAAGCAUACACACGCAACCAAAAUUAGAAAGGAACAAUUUUAGUCCAUUUAAAACUUCCAAAGCAUAUUCUCAAGAACAAAAGGCAUAUUUAAGUUUUCACACACUAGUCAUUACUCGUCCACGGCACAGCCUCAUUAGCUUUGCUGAAAAGGCUCACAUUUUGAGCUAAUUCUCACCAAAAUUCUACAAAGAGAAUUAGAGAAAACCAUUAUUAAAAACAUCACACAAGAAUCUAGCCGCCAUUAAAGUGCACAAUAACACAAUACAAUAUACAAUCCCAAAUUCCCCUUCUUUACCAAGCACCCUUAGAUACAAUUCAUAGAACCAGCUUAUAGCCAGCCUACCAAAAUUAUUCAACAACCCAUCCAUUCAUAUUCCACUCUUAAUUUUAAUUAACUUAAUUUUCCCAACCCUAUUUUCUUUUUUAAAAAAUUAUCAAUUCACUAAUUUUUUUUUAACAGUUAAUGAAAAAGAUUGUUGUUAUUAAAUUAGGAGGGAAAUGGCGUACCUGUAUGUAAGCUAUACACUCGUUGUAUAUAAGACCUACUCAUAAUAAGCCAAUGCGGUUCUUAUUAUAUUUGGCAGCCACUACAAGAAAAAGGUGUGCAACAACAUCGAUCGGUCAGAAGUGCGCUAGAGAAAGAAGAAGUCCCGGAAAUAUCUCUCCUUCCCAAUUAUUUGAAGAUCUAAAACUCAAAAAGCUCACUUACAAGAUGGGUAAUAUCUCAUGUGGAGGUCAUGGAAGGAGGACUGCAAAGUCAAUGGAUGAGAGUGAAUGUGAAAUUACAUCACCCAGAAUUAGAUUAAAUGAUGGCAGAUUUUUGGCUUACAGAGAAAUUGGAGUUCCUAAAGAAGAAGCUGAAUUCAAGAUCAUCAUUGUUCAUGGAUUUGGCAGUAAUAAAGACAUGAGUUUUUCUGCAUCUCAAGGGCUAAUUGAAGAAUUGAAGAUAUACAUGCUGCUAUAUGAUAGAGCAGGCUACGCGGAUAGUGAUCCAAACCCUGAGAGGUCACUCAAGAGUGAAGCAUUAGAUAUUGAGCAACUCGCGGAUCAGUUAGAGUUAGGACCCAAAUUCUAUGUGAUUGGGGUGUCAAUGGGAUCAUAUCCUAUUUGGAGUUGCCUCAAGUAUAUACCACACAGGCUGCAAGGUGUAGCUUUGGUGGCUGCAGUUGUCAAUUAUUCCUGGCCCUCUCUCCCUAAAAGCCUAAUCAAAGACGACUUCAGAAGAAAUCUUGUUAAAUUAACUCUAUUUGUUUUGAAACAUAUGCCCAGUUUACUGUAUUGGUGGAUGAACCAGAAGUGUCUCCCCACGGCAAAUGUUAUGGAGAAGAAUCCUGUUUUUUUCAGCGAAAGAGAUCAGGAAGUUCUGAAAAGAACUCCAGGAUUUGAGCUGCUCAGUGAGAACAAAAUAGAGCAGAGAAGUAUAUUUGAUAAUCUUCGAGGUGAUAUUUUGGUGGGACUUAGUAAAUGGGAGUUCGAUCCAUUGAAACUAAACAAUCCAUUUCCCAAAGACGAGCGGUCAGUUCAUCUAUGGGUAGGCUAUGAAGAUAAGGUUGUUCCAGUUGAACUUCAAAGACAUGUUAUGGAAGAAUUACCUUGGAUCAAGUACCAUGAAAUUCCUCAUGGCGGCCACUUGAUUGUAUAUGACACUGAAGUAUGUGAAUCCAUAUUAAGGGCACUCUUGCUCAACGAAGAACCUGCAAAAUAUAUACCGUUACCUGGUACUCCAAAGUUGAUAGCAGCAGCAUAAUUUUUUUUUAUUUUUUGCUGUAUAUUUUUUAUAUGUUGCACCUAUUCUCAAUACUUGAAUUGGUGAUGAUUUGUGAAGGGAAAAAAAAAAUCUGAUUUGUAAAAAGAACUUAUUUGAUGUGUAACAUAGUUCUUAUUCUGAAGCAUGAGUUAUAACAGGAAAUUGAAUUGGUUGUACA